CAGCUGAUUGCUCGAAAUUGCUCCCAAAAGCCUGGUAAGCUGUCUGAAGCAAAAGCCGGGUUAUUUAAUCGUAUUGUAAGUGAUAUUUAUAAAUGGAUAUUUUAUAGUAGUGAUGCUGCGUCAACUUUCAAAUUUACUUAGAGGGCAAUUAAAAAGUAAUGGUAACUCCUUCAAGAUUUUUACUGCCACAUCGUGCAUGGAAUGUAGCCGUGGAUUUUAUUGCACAAAAGCUACGAAUGGAGGUGAUGGACAAAGUAACAGCAAUACUAGUGGAGAUGGGGAAAAGCAGAAAAUACGUAAACCCCCGCUACCAGCAGUUCAAAAUCCUUUCGCCAACGUAACAAACAAAACUAGAGAGUCGUACCUGGUUAUGUUGGAACUAUUCACUGAGCGUGACGUUCACCGUCGCAAUCAUGUUGAGUUUAUAUAUGCUGCUCUCCGCAAUAUGGCUGAUUUUGGUGUGGAACACGAUAUAGAAGUGUAUAAAGCUCUAAUCAACGUUAUGCCCAAAGGAAAGUUUAUACCCAACAAUGUUUUUCAAGCUGAAUUCAUGCAUUACCCCAAGCAACAGCAGUGCAUAAUAGAUUUGUUAGAACAAAUGGAAGAUUUGGGUGUAAUUCCUGAUUACGAAAUGGAGGCUAUGCUGCUGAAUAUAUUUGGACGUCGAGGGCAUCCGUUACGAAAGUACUGGCGUAUGAUGUACUGGAUGCCCAAGUUUAAGAAUUUAUCGCCAUGGCCGCUACCUAACCCAGUUCCAGAUGAUACACUGGAGAUUGCUAAGAUAGCCAUAGAACGGAUGUGCACAGUCGAUGUACGGUCAAAGGUUUCGCUAUACGAAACUAAAACUGUGAAAGAUGCCAUUGAUGACACUUGGAUUGUAAGUGGAAUGAGCGUGGAGCAGUCUCAGCUCUUACGUGUUCAUGAGCGCCACAAAGCCAUCUACAUAGAAGGCCCGUUUUUGAUUUGGUUGCGAAAUCGCUCUAUUAACUACUUUACUUUACGUGCUGAUCCAGAUCCAGAUUUCCUACAGAGUCUACAAGAAGAUCAAGAAGAUACAGAUGAUGUUUCAAAAUUAGGGACGCCUUUCUUUGGCACAGCGAUGCCACGACCUCAGAAUCAAGUUGGUAAACACCGUUCAGUUCAUCAGCAAGAAGACGGUACAAUAUUCGCCAUAUGCGCCACGGGUACUUCAACCAAAGAUUCGUUACUAUCCUGGAUACGAUUGCUGGAGAUUAACGGAAACCCAGCGUUGGGGGAAAUACCAGUACUAUUUAGGUUUACAUCUGCUGUCGCGGCGAGAGCAAUUGAGAUAGAGAGUCCAAUGAAAUCAGACAAAGACAACGAAAGUCCAAGCAAAACAGUUUCCGAUUAAUCAGUCAAAUAGGAUAUCAUCUUCCAUUUUUUAUUGGAUAGUACUUUCACACAUCAGAAAAUCAGUAGUAAAUAAUCUGAACUUCCAGCUCACCAGCACGUGAGGAAUUUUUUAAAAAGGACUUUUAAGUUUAAGUAUUACCAUAAUGAUUAUAAAGCAUUUGGAACCAAAUGGAAUAUGAAUGAAAUUUAUUUUUUUAUUUACACUUAUCCUUUUUCAAGCAUAUAAGAAAUGCUUUUAAAAGAUUAAACCUAAACAUUCGUGAAGGUUUUCUCUUAGCCUCAGCUUUUAGUAAGCAAUGGGAAAAUUCCUCGUAUAAUCUAUAGCUUUUAAAUCGGAAAUAGUAAAGCUGAUCUAAAGGAAUAUAUUCUCAAGAUUUCUCAUAUAUUUUAUUAUAUUUAUUUCUCGCAUUAUUUUAUAUGGUAAUCGUAUGUCCGUUAUUUAUUCCGAUCCUAAAGGAUUUCUGACGUGCACUACGCUUAUUUGGGUUUUGUCUCACGUGUGAUUAAAAAAACUAAAUUUGUCGCACUAUGUAUUAGAAUAAGCAAAAGAAUUAACAAAAAGCACUGCAUCCUGUCAUAUAUACAUAUUACACUUAAAUAGCAUUUACAAGAGUUGGCUUUCUGUGAACACGCAAUUUAUUACCUUAUAUAAAUCCAUAAACAAUUAAGGACUUUUAAAUAUUGAGAGCUCAACGAUAGAACGCGGAAUAAAUUUAACACUCAUAUUAAAAUACAUAUUGAAUACAUAUGCAGAUUCUCGUUAAUGAGGUAUCUGUUCAUCAAAUCUAAUUUUAUGAGAAUUUUCAAGGAUAACACUCUUUGUAUAUGUGUUUGGAGACGGUUAAUCACAGUAGUAUUGUUUCAUAUAUGCAUAUGCAGUAUAUACGAAUAUUGCACAGAUAAGUAAUUUUAACUAUGGCUAUGACUAGAAUUCAUAUUUC